GAAGGCCAAAAUUAAAACCAGUGAAAAUGUGAUGGAGGAGCUCAAGAAGGAGAACACAGUGUUGGAGACCAGAAUGACCGCCAGUGAAAACGAGGUGGAGGAGCUGAAGAGACAGAAUGCAGACCAACCAAAGGUGGCGUUCUCACUUGGUCUCACUGACAACGGACGUAUUGGACCCUUCAAUACUGAAAUCACACUUAAGUUCAGUAAAGUCUUCACCAACUUUGGUCAGGCCUACAGUCCAACUACAGGUCUCUUCACAGCCCCAGUCAGAGGAGCCUACUACUUCUCACUCACUAUAGUGGAUAACCGGGGUAAUGAAGAGUGUGUUGUUACUCUCUAUCACAAUGACAAGAGAGUGUUGUGGAAUUAUGAUCAUAAUGAUGAUUAUGGCCACACCAAUCUUUCUAAUUCAAUGGUUCUUCAGCUGGAAAAGGGGGAUGUGGUCUACAUGGUUUUACCUGCCAGCUAUAGUGUAUUCGACGACGGCAAUGAUCGUUUUACCUUUAACGGAUUUCUGCUUUUUCCACUGUGAGACUAAAACAUCAGAAUUUCUUUACCCCCAAAUUUUUGGCAUUGUCUACAAACAAGUCAUACAGUGUUCAUAUGUAAAUGAAAGGAUGCACAUUGUUUCUGUGUUGGCUUUGCUCUGUAACAAACUACAUUUGAA